AUGCAGGUGCUAGCACGAGAGGAUGACGCCAUCACGCGCUUCGUAGUUGACCAGUUGCUAAGCAAGGGCCAGCGUCGUGCAGCUGCCCUAGCAGAGGCAUCCCAGCUCGCUGCGCCAGCAGAAGCAGACAGCAACAGGGCAUCCCUUGGGACGCUCUGCGAGGAUGCAACGGAGCUGGCGACAGCAGAGGAGCGCAGGAUGGAAGCAACCACGAAGCUGCAGGCAUGGGUCCGCGGCAGGCAAGUGAGGCAAAGAAGAGCGCGAAUGGAGAAGAGUGCUAUCUCUCUGCAGAGGGCCUUCCGAAGGCUCCGUGGCUCGCAAGGUUGGAGGAAGCACUCAGCAGCUGUCGGGGUGGCAUCUGGCCAACGCAGGGAGUGGGCCAUGGAGUUUCAGAAGGCUGCAGACGCAGGUGGUUUGAAAAGAUCGGGCUUUCUUCAGGCCCUCAGAGGUGCAUGCGGGGACAAGGCGUCUGAAGCUCAGGCGGCAAUGCUGUGGGCUGGCUUCCUGGAGCAACAUGAGGCGGGUGAGCUCAUGUUGCUCUCAACUUUCUGGGCCAUUUGCGAGGCUGUUCUGAAGGGAGAUGUCUGGGCAGCGGAGUUUGCCGGACUUGCAGAGGAGGAAUACAGAGACUGCAGUCGCUUGAUUCCCAUCGCUGAGCCCGAGGUGCCAGCACUGCACGAGAACCACGACGCAACCUGCUUCGUCCGCAAUCUCAGCGCACAUCAUCACCGCAAAGCUUUGAUCGAUUCAUCUGAGUGCACCGCGACUGAAGGGCUCUGGUUGCUUCGGAACGCAGCGGCCACAGUGGCCACCAAGUUGCAUGCGUUGGCUCGUGGCAGGCAAGUUAGACGACGAAUCGCACAGAUGGAGAAGAGCGCCAUCACUUUGCAGCGGGCCUUCCGAAGGCUCCGGCGAUUGGAAGGUUGGAGGAAGCAAUCGGCAGCUGUCGGGGUGGCAUCUGGCCAACGCAGGGAGUGGGCCAUGGAGUUUCAGAAGGCUGCAGGCAAAGGUGGUUUGGAGAAGUCAGCCUUUCUCCAGGCAAUCAGAGGCGCAUGCGGGGAGAAGGUGUCUGAAGCUCAGGCGGCAAUGCUGUGGGCCGGAUUUCUCGAACAGCGCGAGGCCGAUCAGCCAAUGAUGCUCUCAACUUUCUGUGCCAUUUGCAUGGCCGUUCUGAAGG